AUGCGAAACAUGGCUAGCUCCGCUUCCUCACGAGGCAUUGCAGCCAUCGUCGGUGUCGGCCCCAACCUUGGCCUCUCCAUCGCUCGCAAGUUCGCUCACGAAGGCUACACAGUCGCCAUCCUCGCUCGUGACUUGGGGAGGUUGUCGAGAUUCGCUGACGAAAUUGCUAGGGAAGAGAAGGCGCAGGUUUUCGCCAUACGAAUAGACUGUUCCGAUUCCAGAAGCGUGAGAGAGGCAUUCGAGGGAGUGCUUUCUCUGGGAUUCGUUGAAAUUCUCGUCUACAAUGCUUACCAACCCAUACCUUGGUACCCCACCUCCUUCCAAGACCUUCGCAUCGAUUCCUUCGAGAAAUCCCUCGCCGUUUCUUCUGUCGGUGCCUUCCACUGCGCUCAACAGGUGCUGCCGGGCAUGGUUGAAAGAGGAAAGGGAACGAUUCUCUUCGCGGGCUGUUCCGCGUCUCUCAACGGCAUUGCUGGAUACUCUGAACUAUGCUGUGGGAAAUUCGCUUUGAGAGCUCUAUCUCAAUGUUUGGCCAAGGAAUUUCAACCUCAGGGAGUGCACGUAGCUCAUAUUAUCAUCGACGGUCUUAUUGGCCCACCCAGAGGAGUAACAUCGGCGACGUCAUUGCAGAGGGGUAAUUCAUCGGGGGAGCAAAGCAGUGGUGUAGUGGGAGGAGGAGGUGAGGGUACAAUGGACCCGGACGCACUGGCUCAAACCUUCUGGCACUUGCACGUUCAGGACCGGAGCGCAUGGACCCAGGAGAUGGAUCUUCGUUCCCCUUCUGCCAGAUUCUUCUAG